AGGACGUAGCGGGAACCUCGGCCACCAGCCCUGCAGCCGGAUCUAAGGCGACCUGCACUGAGAGCGAGCGCCAGGCAGGAGCCAACGAAGCGGAUUAUUGCCGCCGGAUCCUCGUCCGAGAUGCCAAGGGGACCAUUCGGGAAAUUGUCCUCCCCAAGGGUCUCGACCUGGACCGACCAAAGAGGACAAGGACAUCCUUCACAGCUGAGCAGCUGUACCGUUUGGAGAUGGAGUUUCAAAGGUGUCAGUAUGUGGUGGGGAGAGAACGGACUGAGCUGGCCCGCCAACUGAACCUCUCAGAGACCCAGUUUGCCCGAUACGCUGAGAUCGUCAACUUCACCCUCCCGAAUGGCACUCACAGAAGUGGGCAGGUCCUGGAGGUGGCUGGGACCAAGGCCAUUGUUCAGGUAUUUGAAGGGACUUCAGGGAUCGAUGCCCAGAAGACAACCUGUAAGUUUACUGGUGACAUCCUCCGGACUCCUGUGUCAGAAGACAUGCUAGGUCGAGUUUUCAAUGGUUCUGGCAAACCCAUUGACCAAGGGCCAGAGGUUAUGGCUGAGGACUUUCUGGACAUCAAUGGUCAGCCAAUCAACCCCCACGACCGAAUCUACCCUGAGGAGAUGAUCCAGACAGGCAUCUCACCCAUCGAUGUCAUGAACAGCAUUGCCCGUGGUCAGAAGAUCCCUAUCUUCUCUGCAGCUGGACUCCCCCACAAUGAGAUCGCUGCACAGAUUUGCCGCCAGGCGGGGCUGGUGAAAAAGUCCAAGGCUGUAGUUGAUUAUCACGAGGAUAACUUUGCUAUUGUGUUUGCGGCCAUGGGGGUAAACAUGGAGACAGCUCGAUUUUUCAAGUCUGACUUUGAGCAGAAUGGCACCAUGGGCAAUGUUUGCCUCUUCCUGAACCUGGCCAACGACCCCACGAUUGAAAGGAUCAUCACACCCCGCCUAGCCCUGACGACAGCCGAGUUCCUGGCCUAUCAGUGUGAGAAGCACGUGUUAGUCAUCCUAACUGACAUGAGCUCCUAUGCAGAGGCCUUGAGAGAGGUCUCAGCUGCCAGGGAGGAGGUGCCUGGCCGGCGUGGUUUCCCCGGCUACAUGUACACGGAUCUGGCCACCAUCUAUGAGCGGGCAGGCCGAGUGGAAGGCCGGGGAGGUUCCAUCACACAGAUCCCCAUCCUCACGAUGCCCAAUGAUGACAUCACCCACCCCAUCCCCGACCUGACUGGCUUCAUCACUGAGGGACAGAUCUAUGUGGACAGACAGCUGCACAACAGACAGAUCUACCCUCCCAUCAAUGUGCUUCCCUCCCUCUCCCGUCUGAUGAAGUCAGCCAUUGGGGAAGGCAUGACAAGGAAGGACCAUGGUGAUGUUUCGAACCAGCUGUAUGCUUGCUACGCCAUUGGGAAAGAUGUCCAGGCCAUGAAAGCAGUGGUGGGGGAGGAGGCCUUGACCUCAGAGGACCUGCUGUACCUUGAGUUCCUGCAGAAGUUUGAGAAGAACUUCAUCAACCAGGGCCCCUAUGAAAACCGCAGCGUGUUCGAGUCCCUGGACCUUGGUUGGCAGCUGCUGCGCAUCUUCCCCAAGGAGAUGCUCAAACGGAUCCCCCAGAGCACCAUCGAAGAGUUCUACCCUCGAGAGACCCAGCACCAGGCCCCACCCUCGAGCCCAGGCCCCACGGACACCCCGGAAGCCUUGGACUCCAUGCUGUAGGGCUGCCCCUAGACCCCCCCACUCAGCACUGACACCUCCGCUUAUGCCCCAGCCCCACUCCCUCUACUGACCUCACCGAGCCCUAGUUCGGGGGCCUUUGGAACACUCUGGUCCCACCCCACCCAGUCUAAGCUCAAGCUGCACCCCCUCCAGCCAAAUGCCCCCAGACUUCUGCUGCCCCUCCCCUCCUUCCUACAAAUAAGGGAACCUCCAUGCUCUAGGCCCCAGUCUGGACCUUUCCCCAGAGGCCAAGUCACUCCAUCAUCUUCCCUGGAUACUAGCAGGGAAGGGAAACGGAGAAGAAAGAAAGAACAGCUCCCUGACCGGCUAACUUCAGCUACUAUCUCUUAUUAAAAGUCCCGUUGCUUAAGAAGAAUACACAGGUGUG